AUGGCAAUUGCAUCUGAAGAAAACAGCGCCAUCAAGGUCACCGAUGUCGACAUGCGUUGGCCAUAUCGCGCCGGAUACCCACGCCUCUGUGCACAGCCAGUCGGCACGCGUUUCCUUCCUGAAGGAAACCCCAUUCUCGCUUCAUUAAACCUCCUAGAGCUGCGUGCACAGGUCAAGGAGGUCCUUGAUGAGCAUAGUAUCGCUCUUCGCAGCUUUACCUGGGACAACAUCGCUCACCCAAUCCAACUCGCUUAUCGUGCGUACGAUCAUGAGUUGGACACCCCCUCUCCAACCCAGAUUCGUUUGAUCGUCCGUUGUAUUUACGAAAAGGAGGCAAGCAAUAGUGUGACAUGGGUAUUAGCGAUUCCCAAGAUCUACAAAGUCAUCAAGACACUAGCCAGCCAAGUCACCGGGAUGGAAUUAUUCGACCAUGAAUACAUGAAAUCCUGCCAAUUAUGCGAGCUCCCUGCUACCGACAAAAGCCUCGUCCCAGAGUGGGAAAAGGAAGGGGGUUAUCGAGAAAAGGUCCUGGAGAUCUUUGACGGUUAUCCUCGAAUGUUCCAGGUGAUGAUGCCUAUAGGGUUGCGUGCAGUUGGUCCGAGAGCGUCUGAUCAUGAAAUAGUCCUUUUUUUGAGUGCCAUCAACGCCGAGGAUGACCGAUGGGCCAAAAUACAGGAUAAGCUUCAAUCUAUACUCCCGGAGAACAUUGGCAUCGAAAUUCGACAGAGCGUCGGCCCAUUACUUUACAACGAUUUCUUCCGACCCUUCUUGCCUGGAGAUGCAACCGAAUUAAAUCGGCCGCCGAAACCAGGCAACAAGAUUAGCCCGCAGACCGAGACCGAGAGGCAGAAUCUGUUGAAUGGAACCCCCACGGCCGAGGCUGACUUCCUUCCUGGGGGGAGACUGGGUGGCUAUGUCACAACACAAAACGAGGAGACAAAGAUACAAACCACCUACGGCCUCACAAGUGGGCACGUAGUUCUUCCAACUUCCGAUCGAGAAGUCACAUAUAAAAAACAGCACUACCAAAAUGGACAUCCGAUCGCGAUUCAAUCACCAUCCGGAAAAACUCGUCAAAAAUAUGCAUAUCGCCCGACUGAGCAUAUUGCACACCUUGAAUCAAAUAAUCUUCGGGUCCAGGAGGUAUACGAGGCAACCAAGGAUCCGGGGACAGCCCAGAAAUGUGAACGUCUUUUGAGGAAGACUCAACUAGAGCUUGACGCCGCCAGGAAUAACCUAAGAACGGCGCAACAACAAAACCCGUGCAUCAGAUCAGUCGCGGCUGCUACACUUUCCUGCCGGAAGUAUGUGUUGAGCCCAGUCCAAAAUAAAUUGAUGAUGGAUGUUGCGUUGGUCGACGUCGGCUCUGCUGUCCCAGAGUCCCGAAAUGAAUGGGACGUUGGUACCGACCGGGCCAUGUGUGACACCUGGGAUGUUGACGGGCUGGGAAAUGGCAUUGAUUUUGUUGCGAAAUUAGGCGAAACAGGGCUCAAACAUCAGGGUGUGGUAAACCCCUUCAAGGCCGAUAUAAUGUUCGACUCAUUCGACGGCAAUGACGGGAAUCUGGUGUCUGCAUGGACCGUUUCGCCUGUAUGGGAAUCGAAUCAUAGAACCGAAACUUUUGCAACACCAGGAGACUCGGGCACGUUUAUUGUGAGCUUAUACGACUGGGGAAGACCACUCCCCUUGGAAAAACUUCUCGCCGAAGUUCCGCCUUCAUUGUUGGCUUGUUGUUUGGUGGCUGUAUAUCGACUGGGUUGGGCUUCUUUAUUCCCUUUGACGCUGUCAAGGACGAAAUCGAGAACCUGA